CUAUUAAUUAAAUAAGAUUUAUUUUACAAAUGUCACAGAUUCUCUCUCUUAGGUCUUUCUAAAAUGUCAACAUCACUAGUUUUGAUUUUUGAAAUAUGGAUACGUAUGUAUAGUAAUGAUAGAUCAAAACUUCCUGCGCUUUUAAGUUUCAUGUCUCUAAAGACGUGAUUCAAUAUGCAAAGAGCAGUCUUCCUGAUAAGGAACACUUUUACGGUUUGCAGAGGUUAAGUAUAGUAUAUGUUUAGAAAUUAUUAUAAGUUAGCCGAAAAGGAUAUUUAUUCUCUCAUUAUUCUUUUCAUUCGAUAAAGAUCAUUUUUUUUUCCCAAAAGAAGAUAUAAAAUAAUACCAUAAUAAAAGCAUGACACGUGUGCGAAAUAUGGAAACAUUAUUUUAAAUAUUGGCUUGAUAACAACAUCCAAUCUUAUAAAUUUUGGAAUGAUUGAUAUUCUUGAUGGAAAUAUGAAAAGAAAUAAAAAUACGAACGUCUGGCGCGUAAUAAUUUAAAAAAAAAAUAUAAAAAAUAUAUGCUUGAAAAAUUACAAGUAGUUCCUUUUCAUAGCCAAAAAGUAUUUCCAAAUGUAAUCUGUAUUGUUGUCACGUGUAUACGUUCAAAAAAAUCAUUUAUUGUCACAUGAUAUUGAAUUUUAGAUUUAUACCAUAAUUUUUAUUUUAUUUUAUUUUUUUUCUUUUUUUAUACAUUCAUUUCAUUUUUUAAUUUGUUGUCACAAGUAUUUUUAUUCUUAAGAUAUGUUAUAUACAUAAAUGACUGUAGCCUAAGUACACCGGUGCAAGCGAAUAGCACUGGUCGCUGUGUACAUACUAUGAUGACGUGUAAAAGAAUAUGACAUUUUCUAUGAUUAGUAUUAAGCCAUAUGCAACGACGAAAUAUAUUCGAAAAAAGAUUAACUGUAAUUGAAAAGAUUCACAUUUUUUAAAAAAAUUAUUUAGAUUAGGUAAUUCUCUAUAGAUAACAAGAAACAAAAAAAAAAGAAGAAAUUGAAUCUUUGUUAAAAACUUCAUGAUCAGUGCGCAAAAUGAAUGUAAUACGAUAAUUAAUAUGUCUCAUUAAGGUAAAUAAACCUUCAUAAAAGACAUUGGAAGGUAAUAUAAAUAUAUAUAAUUAUUAUGCUUUUUCUAAGUUCUAACAAAAUCCUUAAUAACCCGUGAUCCUCGACAAAUUUUAAUGUUAGUCAAAAUAACAACUAUUUCUUUUUUUUAAAUUCGAUAUAUAUACGUUCAUGUGUGUGUGUGCGUGUGCUGUGUAUAACUUUCUAGGAGGUAAGUACAAUCAUAUCAAUAUAAAUAUAUUUAUUUAUUUUAAAUUAUUCGUAAUAUAAUAUUUCUUAUUUAUUAAAUUACGAUUCGUUCAAUAGAUUUUAAAAUCAAUGUACUUUUUUCUUAGGGACUUCGUAUGCAGCAACCUCCAUAUAGUAAGACAUAGGUAAUCAAUAUUGCGAUCAUAUAAUCAGAUUAUUUAAUAUCGUAAAUAUUAUCAAAUUAAUUAAUUGCAUAUUAUUGUCAUUAUACUGUAAUUUUAUUUUGAUGUAUAUAUAUAUAUAAACACACACACACACAUACACAUGUAUAAAAACGUUUUAUAUAAAUAAAAUGUUUCAUUUGACAUGUAAAAAAAAAAAAAUUAAUAUAUACUGUUUUUAUCGAAAGAUGAGAUAUUGAACAAUUGUUUUAUCUGUAUGAAUAUAAUAUUUAUAUAAAAAAACUAUUUAGAAAAAAAUUAGAUUAACUCUAAUAUUAAUUUUGCACGAUAUAUACGUUAUUUUAUUCUUACUAUUUCUUUUAUCUCAUUAAGGUUUCUACUCAUUAACGUUUCUACUGGAUACGUAACAAUAACAAUAACAAUGUGUUUACAUAAACGAUAAAAUGUUUCUUUACGUUUGUCAUCGGCGUGUAACCGAAGUAUUAUCGAUCAGUAAUGUCGUUGCAUAAAUUCAAUUCCUUAUACGACGAUUACUCUUCUGAGAAUACACAACAUGUGCCUUAUGUGGAAGAAGAAUUAUAUUCUUUUAAUAUAUAAUAUAGAAAAAAUAUAAAAAAUAUAAGCAACUUUUAAUAAUUAAAUAUAUCUCUGAAUCCGAGAAUAUAUUUGUUUAUUAUCAAGAUGUGUAAUGAUGGAUCAAGUGAUCAUGAUUGUCAGCAACUAAAAAAAGGAUUUUAUAGAAAUUUCUUCGAACUCGAUCAAACAAAUACUAAUGAGUUUCUUCUAAAUCGUAAUUUUAAUAGUACUGCGGGAAAAUUAAUCGAAGAAGCCAAUAAAGUUGUUGUUAAAAAUUUAGAGGAUUCUAUAAUCAUGAACAAAUCUUUUGUUAUGGGACCAAGUAAACAAAUUUUACUAAGCUACAAAUUUGGAAAUGCUAUAAAAUUUUUUGAAUUAUGGAACAAAUAUAUACCUGAUCGUAUAAAAACAUGUAAAGAGUACAAAAUCUUAACGCUUAAAUUACAUGUAUAUUUUGUCAUUUUACCUAAAUCUAUGUUAAUUUUAAUCCAACAAAAAAAUCAUAAUAAAGACAAAAACACACCUGCAGCAGCCUCUACUAAAGAGGAUUCUUCUUUCUUAGAAAUAGAGAAGCAUACAACCAAACUUGAAAAAGAUUUUAACAAAAAUAUGACAAGGCUACAGCAAUAUUUGUCUACAGAUGGUAAAGAAUUAAAAUAUGAAACUCAAUUAAGAGCAUUCUUUGCAUUACCUUAUAUAGAAGAUCCAUUGUCUGAUCCAUUAUUUCGUGAAAUACUUAAUAAAUCUUGGACAGAAAAAUUAUCUAUACAUUUGCAAGAAUUUAUUGCAAAGUAUGUACAGGAUAGUGAAAAGAAUGAAGAAAUUAUGGAUAAUUACAUUGAAUCAAGUAAGAUGUCUGAGAUUGAUAUAACUACUUCAACAAUUCCUUGUAAAAUAUCUAAUACAGAUAAUUCAGAAAAAAUUGUUACCAAAAAUAAUGUACCAAUUAAGCCGAAUGACAGAGAUGUACCUGACUUUUUAGAAGAUAAAAGUGAAGAACAACUUAAUAUUUCUUAUGAAAGAAAAUAUAAUAUGGAAUCAAAAGGUACACAGACACAGAGUAAUUUAAUAAAAGAUUAUCCACAGUAUUAUUUAGUAGAAAACACAGAUCAUCAAAAUAUUUAUAGACACAAUCCAAAAUUAAUACCAUAUAAUCAAGAAUUAGCAUUAACAAAAUCCCAUUUAUAUAAUCUUCAUUCUAAUCAUAAAAAAUUAAAAUCUCGAUUUCAUAAAUUACAUGGAGAUUAUCAUAAACUUCUAAGUAUAGCUGCAGAGUUAACAGCAGUUCUUGAAAAUUCAGUAAAAGGUCAACCUGUGGAUCUACAAGGAAUGUUAGAAUCUUGUAUGAAAAUAUUUCCAGAUUUAUUUAAUCAAAACAUAAGAGAUGAAUUUCAAGUAAAAGUACAACAGUCCAAUGAUACAAAUAAACGAGAUAAUAUGCAGCCUAAUUUUAAUAUCAUUAAUAUAUCACCAAAGUUGUUAGAUUUUAAAAAGAUUAAAUUACAUUUAAUAAAUGGAAACGUAAAGACAAAAUUACUUCUCUUGCAAGCAUUACGAUGGAAAAUUACUUUAAGUCAACCUGGAGAACGUGAUGAAGCUAUACACGAAUAUAUAAGUAGAGAUUUAUUAGGAUUACAUGGUCAGAUUGCCAGUGAUAAUGGAAGAUCAAUUUUACCGUAUUUAUUAACACCAGAAAAUGUUCCAAUGCCACAUCCAUUGCAACAAUCUGCAGCUAGAUUGUUAAAUACUUUUGCUUCCUUACAAUGUGGUAGAGAUUAUUUAUCCAUGGAUUCAUCUAUAGUUAGGGUGAUAUUUAAUUGCCUCAAUGACAACUACCACGAUGGAAUAGAUUCUCUCACUUAUGACAUGACACUGUCUACUUUACAAAAAUUAUCAUUGCGCAAGCAGCAAAGACUAUAUAUGAUAGAUAGUGGACUGCUGGAAUGGUUGGUUUAUCAUCUACAUAAUGAAAGUAAUACAAUGAGUUUUUAUAGAUUAAAAUAUGCAACAGCUCUUUUGAUGAAUUUAUCAUUGCAUAAACAAGCUCAAAUUAGAAUAUCUACAACAGCAUCAUUACUUAUAUCAACUCUUAUAAUGCUUCUGGCAGUUGAUCAUCCUUCUGUAUCACCGUAUGUUAAUGGAGCAUUAAAUAAUUUUCUUGUAAAUGAUCAAAUAAAUAAUGAAGCAAAACAUGUAAAUCUUUCAUCUAUAUUAGAACAAUUAUGUAAGAAUAAAAUUGGAGAAAUGAGGAAAUAUCUGGAACACAUUUUGAAAGUACACAAACGUGAAUGUACUAUUGACAUAGAAGAUGAAACAAUUUCAGAUAAUGAUAAUGAAGAAUUUGAUGUAUUGGAAAAUGAAUUAGAGGAGGAUGAUCCUGUUAAAAAUCAUAAAGCAGAAUUAUAUGGGGAAGUAUUGUUGUCAACAUGUUACAUGAUUACACCAGAUUUAUUUCAGAAAGAAUCUAUAGUUAUUGAUAAAGUCUUGGCAAAAUCCUCUGAUACAAAAUUACUGCCUGUACAAAGCAAUAAGAAACAUAAUCAAUCUUGUAGUAAUACUAGUUUGACAUUACUUGAACAUGUUCCAAGAUCCACAUGGAAAGAAAAAAGAGAAAAAAGCAAAGAUAAAUUAGUUAAUCAAAAUAAUAGUAUGUUGAAAUUAUCUAAAAGCAAAAUAGUCCCAAAUAAAAAACGUACAAAUAAUUUUGACAAUACUUCACAAACAAUAAAAUUGUCUAGUGAAUCUAAUAUGAUUUGUUAUAAACAUACUGAAAAAAUUGUGUCAGAUAAUGUAUCAAACAAUCUUGGUGAAAAUAUGACAAAUUUAGCUUGUGUAUCUAAAAAACAUAAUACAGUGAAUGUACAAUAUGCAGAAGAAGAAAAACAAAAUGACAAAGGAUUGACUAAUCCAAAUUCUAAAAAAAUGAGCACAUUUAAGCAAAAUUAUUUAAAGAAAACUGUGACCGAUGAUCUUACAGUAUAUUUAUAUGAAAAUCAAACUUCCAAAGAAAGUAGUACAAUGACAAUAUCAUCUUCAAUGACUUUAGAAUCUGCACAAGAAAAUAAAAAAGAACUAGAAAACUUCAGCAGUAUUGCAUCAUUGAAUAACAUAAACAAUGAUGACGACAAAUUACUUGAUAAUGCUACCAAUGCAAUCAAAUUUAAAUGCUAUAAAGAAGAAGAAGCAUUCUUGGCUAAACCAAAAAUUUCAAGAACGCCUCCUUGCUUACAUUAAUGUGCAUGCGUGCGUAUAACACGACUGAAAAUAUGAAACUAUAAACAAAUGAUAGCGAAUAAUAAAAAUUCAAUUACUUAACAAAAAAUUUAUUUUAAAUUUUAUAAAAAAUAAAUUUUUUUUAACAGUUUUUCGAUCAAGAGUACGUAGAUUUACGUAGCAAAUGCAUUUGUUCUCAUACUGUCUGUAUAUUCAGUAUUUCUAUUAUAUAAUUCAGAAGAUUCAGAAUCAUCAUAAUUAUUGUUAAUAUUGUCAUUAUUAUGACUGAAAUUUAGCGAAUGAAUAGAUACUGGAUUAUUCCGUG